GUUUUCGUUUGAUCGUUUGCUAGUUUCGGUAAUAACGAGUCCUUUUUGUAAUUUUAUUUAAAUUUACUGAAUAAGAAUAUAUCGACGCUUGCAAUAAUGUUGUACUGUCACAAAAUAGUGCUUUGUUCACUCAUUGUUCUCGUCGUCGCGCGUUACGCGCUCGGCAUUAAGUGUUGGAAUUGCAGAUCGAAUACUGAUCCGAAGUGCGCAGACCCUUUUGAUAACAGUACUAUGCCUAUUACUGAUUGCAAGAAAGAAAAGGGCUUUGUUCACCUGCCGGGAGUCAAACCUAGCAUGUGCCGAAAAAUUAGACAGAAAGUAAAUGGAGAAUGGCGUUAUUUUAGAGAUUGUGCUUAUCUUGGUGAGGUUGGUAUCCAAGGUGAUGAACGGUUUUGUCUUAUGAGGACAGGAACAUACAACAUUUUCAUUGAAUACUGCACGUGCAAUAGCAAGGAUGGUUGCAAUUCAUCACAUCUGAUUACACCUAUGCCUUUAUUACUAACAGCUUUAUUUUGCAUAUCGGGGUUACUGGUUAAAAUUGUCUAAGUGUUUAAAUUUAAGUGCCUUGUAAUGACUGCCUUAAAAAUCUCAAAUUGUACAAAUUCUUUUUUUAAAGUAUAAGUAAGUUGUUUUCUUAAGUAGUCUACAUACAAUACUUAUACAAUACUGAGAUAAGAUGUCUCAAUACUAAAGUAGGAGACGUUUCCAACAAUGCUUUGUUUAUUUUAAGCAAAAAAUUCAUGUUGUGUAACAUGUAAAAAAUAUUUCUCUUUCUCUAUAUAAAUUAAGGAAUUUUUUUAAACUGACAUUGAAUAAUACAGUUGUAUUAUCAUAAAAUUCAAAGUAUGAAAAAUUUUAUUCCAUGGACUUGUUUUCAUUUGUUUAUUAUUUUUUAGUUUACAUUCUUUUUAUCCUGAAUUUAUUCACAAUUUUACUAAUGUACUACAUAUUUUUAUUGUAAUUCUCUUAUAAAAUAGCGUAGGUGAUAGGUAUGACCGUAAUUAGUUUGGCGUUGGAUGAUGCCAAAAAUAAAAGGGCCAUCUUUUCAGACAUUAAUACUUAAUGUCAUAAGCAGCAAUUUUUAUUUAGGGUUAUUUGUAAAUAGUAUAUUGUGAACAAUUUUAAUGUAUAUUUUAGUGAUUUCCCGUAAUGCUUUUACAUUAAUAAGAUAAGACUGAAUUAUGUAUGAUCCGUCCAUCGCAGUGUUUUUAUUACAUAUAUGACAUG